AUGGUUUAUAAAGAAAUCUCUCUCUGUGUCACUGUUUUAGCUAGUCUGUGUAGUGUUGUAGGUGCUGUGAAUUUGAGCAGCAAUGCCCAGAUUCAAGGCUACACUCAGUUUCUCAUUGCCAAUGGAGUUGCUCGUACACCUCCAAUGGGUUGGAGCAGCUGGAACCACUUUCAGUGCAAUGUAGACGAGUGGACCGUGAAGACCACUGCGGAUGCUCUAAUCUCAACUGGCUUGGCGGCACUUGGAUACAAAUAUGUAAACAUAGAUGAUUGCUGGGGUGAAGAGACCAGAGAUGAGAAGGGUAAUCUAAGGGCAAAAUCUUCUACUUUCCCUUCUGGAAUCAAGGCCCUGGCAGAUUACGUUCAUUCAAAAGGCUUAAAGCUCGGCAUAUAUUCUUCUGCUGGUAGUUGGACAUGCAGCAAGCAAAUGCCUGGCUCACUUAGGCAUGAAGACGAAGAUGCAAGAACAUUUGCUCAAUGGGGGAUCGAUUAUUUAAAGUAUGAUAAUUGCUACCAUGAUGGUUCUAAGAAUCAAGCCAGAUAUGCUAGGAUGAGUUAUGCAUUGCACAAAGUUGGCCGGCCAAUCCUCUACUCUAUUUGUGAAUGGGGACAAGAAGAUCCAGCCACAUGGGCUGGUCGCUAUGGGAAUGCUUGGAGAACUACGGGAGACAUUAAAGACUCUUGGGACAGUAUCACAUCAAUUGCAGAUGUGAACAACAUUUGGGGAAGAUAUGCAGGACCUGGAAGAUGGAAUGAUCCUGACAUGUUGGAAGUGGGCAAUGGAGGGAUGAGUCUUGAAGAGUACCGAUCCCAUUUUAGUAUCUGGGCCGCUAUGAAAGCUCCUUUGCUUAUUGGAUGCGACGUCCGAUCUGUCAACAAAGAAACUCUUGGAAUCCUUGGAAACAAGGAGGUGAUUUAUGUUAAUCAAGAUCCUUUGGGAGUUCAAGCAAGGAAGAUACGAUCAGAAAAUGGCCUAGAAAUCUGGGCUGGGCCAUUAUCAAGAAGAAGAGUGGUGGUAGUGUUUUGGAAUAGGGCCAGCUCAUGGACCGCUAUAUCAGUAGGAUGGAGGGAAAUUGGGCUUCCAUCAUUAACCCCUGUUGUUGUUAGAGAUUUGUGGGCGCAUUCAUUUGUGUCAAGGAACAUGCUUUCUCGAUUGAGUGCAAAUGUUGCUCCUCAUGGUUGUAAGAUGUACAUCCUUACCCCAUACUAG